AAAAUGUCACAGCACAGUUUACGAAAUGGUUGUUUGUUGUUUUUCAGUUUUUUCCAUUGAAUUUUAUAAUUAAUUCGUUCUUUCAAUUCAGAAAAAGGGAUUUCUAGUGUUUUUUUCUUUUCUGUGAAUCCAUUGUAAACGCUUUACUGGCUCUCCUACCCACGAGAUGGUGCAAUCUCAGUUUUCACUUACUUGGGAGUCCUACAAAUCGAGUAUUUGUAAAGGUUUUAGCUCUUUACAACAGAAUGGCGAAUUUGUCGACAUGACCCUCGCGGCUGAUGGUCACUAUGUAAAGGUCCAUCAAGUUUUAAUAGCCUUGGCUAGCCCAUAUUUAAAGGAGCUUAUUUCAUCAGCUCCGUGUCAACAUCCUGUAUUGUUUUUAAAUAAUGUAUCACACAGUACAUUAUCCUUACUUCUGAUGUAUAUUUACACUGGCGAAGUGAUGGUGCCGUCUGACAAUUUAGCAGCCUUUGCAGAAGCUGCCAAAUCACUUCACAUUAAAGGAUUAGAAAAUCUUACUGGCUAUGACAGUAUGACCCUCAAAGUUGCUGAGAAUCUGUCUCAAAUGGAAGAAGGAGACAUAUGUCAUGUUAGUGGAAUCAAAAGCAUGAAUAUUCCUACAAAAGAAGGAGCUAAACAGAUUGGUUUGCCAGCUGCUGCUAGAAAGAUAAUCAUUAAAAAAGAGACUCCACUAAUACAAACUGCUGAUGUGCAUAGAAAAAUUGAACCAGCUCAAGGAGCAACAGCUGAACCCCAAUAUGUUGAAAUAGAUAUCAUGGAAGAUAAUGUGGCACAAGAUUCUGAUGAUGAUUUCAAGACUGAUGAUUUUACAAAACCAACGGAGAAGACAGAUCCUGACAUAGCAGAUACGCCGUCAUCGAACCUGCAGUUUACCGUAUCAAUUCGAGGCUCCCUGCAAAUAAUUCUGAACCGCUACAUUUACAAUCUGCACUCGAGCAAACAACGAAACGGGAUCCGGCGCUGGCGUUGCGUUGACUACCGAAACCAUAAAUGCAAGGCUUUCGUUGUUACCAAAGGAAACGUAGUCUUAAACAGAGCGAAUCUUCACAACCACUCGUUUCAUGACAAGAAAAUACUCUCGAAAAUAGAAAAGAAAGCGGUUUACUCUGCGUUAGACGAAGUAUAUGGCUACAAAGAAAAAGAAGAGGCAAAAAUGACGGAAAAUGACGCUUCAAUGGAUCAAGACGACUUCAACAUGCUCGACGACUUUGGUACGGGAAUGAACGAAAUGACGGAUAAUAAUAAAAAUGAAUUUAUCAAAGACAAAAUAAAUUAUGCUAUCUGUGAGAUUUAUGCGACUAGGAUGGUCAAUAACUCGGGCGCGCGGGCGUGCCAAGAUCAGGCUGUGGAAUUCUGGAAGCGGCAGGCAAGCGAAGUGGGCCUAGAUUUCGCAGUGUACUUCCCAGCAGGCAAGCCGGUUUGCGUGCUAACGCGCGUCGGGGCCAACCCCGCCCUGCCCAGCAUUAUGCUCAACUCUCAUAUGGAUGUCGUUGAGGCUGACCCAACUGAAUGGACUUAUCCACCUUUUGCGGCGCACGUAGACGAUGACGGCAACAUCUUCGCUCGUGGAACUCAAGACACCAAGGAUAUAGCCAUCCAGUACCUGGAGGCGGUCAGGCGGAUCAAUGCCCAGAAUGUCACCUUGCAACGCACUAUCCACAUCACUCUUAUGCCUGAUGAAGAAACAGGCGGAUUUCAGGGCAUCAGGCCAUUUAUUAAAACGCCAGAGUUCAAGGCGUUAAACAUUGGUUUUGCUUUGGACGAGGGGGGGGCAUCCCCCACGGACGACAUGUUCGCCACGUAUCAAGAUCGGAGAGCUUGGUCUAUAGCAAUAACAGUUAACGGAGUCGGCGGCCAUGGAUCAACCAUGGCAUCUGAUGUUGCUAUCAAAAAGCUGCAACGGUUGAUAAAUGUGAUGAUGGAAUACAGGGAGAUGCUUGAAAAAGCUUUGGAAUCAGCUGAUAAAGCUACGUAUGGGUUAUAUCCAACACUGAAUAUCGAUAUGAUUAAUGGUGGAAUGGCCCCAAACGUGAUACCGGAAACAUUCACUCUGGUGGCCGACAUGAGAUUUCCUCCUACUGAAAACGCUACUGACAUGUUGUCCCUGGUAUAUUCGUGGGCGGCGUUUGCUGGCAAUGGAACAACGGUUAAGUUUUUGAGACGAGAAAUGGAGUCGCUCGCAACUCCAAUAGAUGAGUCCAACCCUUAUUGGGUCACUAUGAAUAAAACCAUCACAGAUUUGGGUUACAGACUGAUCACAGGGGUGUGUCCCGGGACGACCGAUAUGUUCGAUAUUCGCAACAUCGGCAUCCCGGCUAUCGGGUUCGCGCCCGAACGUUGGACCAUCAGCCGAUUGCACCAGCCCAACGAGUAUCUGAACAUCGACGUGUUUCUAGAAGGCAUCGAUAUCUACGUCCCCCUCAUCACUAAUCUGCACGGUUUCAGUAUCACCAACGGUGCGCCCCUAGGCGGACACGCUAAUAAUAGUCAUCUGUGUUCAUUUAAUAUGGAGAGCUUUGUAAACAGAAUUUAUAAAAACAUGGCAUAUAAAUUGCUGUUGCUGUCCUUCGUUCCGUUUCUGACUUCAACCGUCAUGGCCAGUCCACUGCCAAACAAAUUACAGGAACAACUGGAAAACCCAGCUGUUGUUAAAUUUCGAGAAUACUUGCGAAUAGACACUAGCCCAAGUGAGAAUUUACAGGAGGCCGUGGAAUUCUGGAGGCGGCAGGCCGCCGACUCAGGGCUUGAUUUUGCGGUGUACUCGCCGGCCGGCAAGCCGAUAUGCGUCCUAACGCGCGUGGGCGCCGACCCUACCUUGCCCAGCAUCAUGCUCAAUUCCCACAUGGAUGUGGUUGCAGCCGUGCCAACCGCAUGGACCUAUCCACCUUACGAGGCGCAAGUGGACAAUGAUGGCAACAUCUACGGGCGCGGAGCUCAGGACACCAAGGACGUAGCCAUCCAGUACCUGGAGGCGGUCAGGCGGAUCAUUGCCCAGAAUGUCACCUUGCAACGCACUGUACACAUCACUCUUAUGCCUGAUGAAGAAACAGGUGGAUUUGAGGGAAUUAGACCUUUUAUAAAAACGCCAGAGUUCAAGGCGUUAAAUAUCGGUUUUGCAUUAGACGAGGGGCUGGCAAACCCGACUGACGACUUGUAUGCUACAUAUCAAGAUCGGAGAGCUUGGUCUAUACAAAUAACAGUCAAGGGAAAGAGCGGCCAUGGAUCAUCGAUGCCAGCUGAUAUUGCUAUCAAAAAGCUGCAAAGGCUAAUAAACGUGAUGAUGAGAUACAGGAAACCACUCGAAAAGGCUCUGAUAUCAGUGCCUAGUAUAAGAAAUGGGUUUUAUACAACUCUGAAUCUUAACAUGAUCAAUGGUGGAAUGGCCCCAAACAUUAUUCCGGAAACCUUCACUCUGGUAGCUGAUAUGAGACUGUCUCCUGAAGAAAAUGCAACUGAGAUACUAUCCCUGGUAAACUCAUGGGGCGCGUUUGCUGGGAACGGAACAACAGUGGACUUCUUAAGACGAGAAAUGGAGUCGCUGGCAACUCCUAUAGAUGAAACCAAUCCUUAUUGGGUUACUAUAAAUGAAACCAUAACACACAUGGGCUACAACCUGGUCCCAGUGGUCUGUCCGGCUACGUCAGACAUGUUGCACAUCCGUAACAUCGGCAUCCCGGCCAUCGGGUUCGCGCCCAAACGCCGCACCACGAGCCGCAUGCACGACAUCGACGAGUAUCUAAACAUCGAUGUCUUUCUAGAAGGCAUCGAUAUCUACGUCUCCCUCAUCACUAAUCUGGCGAAUUUGCCGGAGAAGAAAAUGGACUGUACAGAAUAACUUAAAGAAGCGACCAAGUAGUUUGUAUUACACGUCUCGCGUCUGAUUGAAACCAGUCACAUUUUAUUUUAAUGUAGAGUUACCAUAACAUGCGUACGUAAAUAGUAUAAUUUAUGAUUUAGCUUUGUACAGCAAAUAUUAUAAAAAUAUACUCACAUAAACAACACCAACAUUUUUAUUCUUCG